AUGCCUUCAUCUACUGGAUGUAAGGGAAACGGCUACCGAAGUAAAGGAGUUUAUCACAUUCCCUACUCUGAAUUGAUGGAACGCAAGGCCAAGGGUCUUUGCUUUCGCUGGGGAGAAAAAUUCCUUCCCCUUCACCAAUGUGCCGGAAAGCAAUUGCGCUUAGUAAUCUCGAGUGACGAUGAAAUUUGCAACAACAAGGGAGAGGUGCUUGCAAUUGAGGCCAAGGAAGGAGAUGAAGGCAUGGAAUGCAACUCUAUGAUGCUGUUUGGAUUAGAGGGGGAAGCAGAAAUCACAAUCCUUUCCCUAAUCCCUUACAUCUGGAGGAGCAUGGCCGGAAAAUCAAUGGAAAAUCAAUGCUCUCGUGCUAGCUUUGAGGACAAAAUUGAUUCUGAAGGAGGUAAUGAUAGGACACCAUGGCCCAAUGGAAUUGAUGGCUUAAUCAUUUGCCCCACACUUACAGCAUCUAGAAGGUUGAGUUAG